CGAAUCGAUUGUAUGUUCUCUCACAAAGCGGGUAGAAGAAGAAAAACGCCCCUCUUCCUUCAGGAAGUGCCGAAAUUGAGCGUCUGUUCAUAUUUUUGCGAAUGUGUUAGUCAAUUUUCACGGUCAUCGCAUCUCUGCGUCCAAACAGGCUAUGGCAGAACCCAGAGUGCCUUCCAUCGACGGCAAGUUGGCCGAAGAGUUCGCCGCACCCUCGCACAUAGACGAGGUCCGCGAUAAGAUGGCCGCCUUUGCCCGGCUCCACGCAGAGGCAGGUCGCCGUGUAGUCCUCAUCACAUCUGGUGGCACCAAAGUCCCACUGGAGUCGCGCACCGUUCGCUUCCUGGACAAUUUCAGCAGCGGCAGGAGGGGGGCGCAGUCCGCCGAAUGUUUCCUAGAUGCCGGCUACGCUGUCGUCUUCCUGCACAGGCAUCGCUCGCUCUACCCGUACGCUCGCAUGUUCUCCUCAGUCAACAUGUUGGACGCCCUGCAGUUCUCGGGCGGGGAUCAGGAACCGGAUCGCGUAGUAGUUAACCCGCAAGUGCUCCCCGAUGUGGCUAAAGUGCUGAAGAAAUACCAAGAAGUUACAGCGUCUAAACUUUUGCUUCCUGUUGAGUUCAGCACAUUGUCGGAGUACCUGCACCUCCUUAAAGCAUCGGCGCAGGCCCUCAACGCCAUCGGGUUCAAGGCCAUGUUUUACUUGGCAGCAGCUGUUUCUGAUUUCUAUAUUCCUGCGAGUGACAUGCCGGAGCAUAAAAUCCAGUCUUCCAAUGGACCACUUCAAUUUGAAGAUGGUUCCCAAAAUCUUGUCUCCACUGGUGAAGGACUGGGCGCCGCAGGCCUUCGUCAUAUCCUUCAAACUGGAGACCGACACCGCCAUCCUUCUGGACAAAGCUCGGAAAGCUUUGGACACGUACAGGCACCAGGCAGUGGUGGCCAACGUGCUGGAUUCGAGGCGGGGCCACGUAGUGGUGGUGACACCUACCAGCCAGCAUGAGGUGGUCCUUUCCCAGGAGGACAUCAAAAACCGGGUGGAGAUUGAAGAGAGGAUUGUGACUAAUUUGACAGCGGCACAUGAGAGCUUCAUUAAACAACAAGCAGGCUGAGUGUCGUCAUCAGCUGCGUGUUGUCUUGAUUUUUGGCUUUGUAGCAGGGAUGAAUAUAAUUAUCAUGAUUAACCCUUCUAGGGCAUUUGUUUAAAUCUUUGGGUCCCAUUGACGGCGCUAUACGUCCAAUCUAUCUUGACUGGGUGGGCUGACACUGAUCAUUUGCUGCCAGCCUCUCAGUCAAAAUGGACUGGACGUCUAGUGUCGUCAAUGGCAUUGAAAGAUGAGCAUUCAAUAAGUUAAAUGCAAAAUUUAAAAAGAAACUUUUGAGUAUUGUUCGGGGCCAUAACCGGAGUGUAUUUCUGAUUGUAAUUUGAUUUAGGUUUUAUUAACAUUGUAUUAAUUCACGAUUGCACUUAUUCAUAAAAAUUAAAUACAUGAUUAAUAAUUAAAAUAUUUGGAGAACUGGCAUCCACAUGUGUGGAUGUCCAUCUAUAUGGACACUAGGCCUUCAAGUGGUUAAGUUUGAAAAUUCCUUUUUACUGGCCAUAAUCGAGUUAUACGUUAAAGGCCUUCCUGAGGAAGUUCUAGAUCGGUCAUUUUUUCAUUUAAGAAAAGUGACACCAAUCGUCAAAUAGAGUGGUACCAAAUACAUAUGAUUAGUACUUUCUAACCUCGUACGAUUACGCAACUAUUAAAAGUAAUAGUUUUGCUUGGAAAAAUAGCCAAAAAUCAAAAUGCAACAACCAAUGUUGAGUCAUACUUCAAAUUUAAAGGCGGUUGAGCGAACUUUCCAGAGAAGUUUUAAAAUGUCAGCAAUUAACAAUCAUACUAAAUGUCGAAAUAUUCAGCUGUAUUCAAUUAUGAAUGUUCCCGGUAACUAUAUUGCUACCAUUCUGUGAAAUGUUCAAUGAUUUUGUUUUUUUUUUUCAGUACAAUGCUCCUACAAAGUGCAACUCAUUAAAAAUUGGAGAAAAACAGUUUAUUCGCUUGAUUUCAGUAUUGUUGUAAUUGCAUAAUAGCCAAAUAACACGUGAAUAAUUUUAAAACUCACAAGCACAUGAUUCCACUGGACAUAGUUUUGCAGGAGUUUUCUUUUGUUACUUGAGCUUGAUACUCUUCUUGACUCCUGCGCGGAUGCCAGACAGUUCUCCACUGUAUCUCGUCUCCUCCCGACGAACCUCGCGGACCUGAUAAACAUCAAACCAGUCGACAUCAGAUAAAA